AUGUUUCCGCGUGCGACAGUGUGCAACCUGUUUGCCGUUGCCAAAAUUUUUUACGUGCUCCAAGCGUUGUGCAUGUCAAGGGCUAACAUACAACGUUUACACAGAGUACUCGCGGUGUUUGUAUGGGGUUCAAGCUGGGAGCGCACCAGUCGCACUAAUCUCUUUCGUUCGGUUAAAAAUGGAGGAUUAGGUCUGGCACAUUUGUUCAUUAGGCAGAUUGUGUCGAGGUUUGUUUACUUACGGGACCAAAUUGACCCAUUUUUAUUAACUAUGUUUCAAACAAGGCUGAGCGAAGCUAUACCUGAGUUUAUUGUAUCGUCACAUCGGUGCAGUCAAGGCAGAGCGCGUGAUUUCUUAAAAGAGGUAGUCUUGGCUUUUCAGCUCUUAAAGGUUCGGUUUUCCAUGGAAUACUUAAGUAGGGUACCCCGAAAGCGCUUAUAUAAGGACCUGGUAGACACAGUGUUACCGGUGCCAUUGUAUCGCUCGAUGUUUUGCAUUGGACCUGAAAAGGACGUACUAAAAAGAGUAAAGCGAAUGCCAGUACGCCCGUCGGUAAAGUCCUUCUUUUUCCAGCUCCACACCAAUACUUUACCUGUGAAACCGUGCCUAGAUGAAAAAGGACUUUCCGUGCCUUGGAGCGUCAACUGUUUACUAUGCCGGAAACCCGAAACAGUAGAACACAUUUUUCUUGACUGCUGGGAUGCUGUAUUCCAUUGGGACAUCUUACAGAGGACGCUAAAGAAGGACUCGCCGAUUACACCAUAUGGGAUUCGUUUCCUGCCUGCUCUAAAUGAAGACAAAGUACCCUAUGACAUGUUCAUGCUGGUGUCCUUGCAUAGUUUAUGGAAAACUAGAAUGGCCGUGAGACAUGCCGAAAUAAACGCCCGGCCUGUUACAGAAUACUUCAUUGAAAGCAUUUGUCAUAUUAAGGAAUUGUACAAUUUUCAAAAAGAAAAACCAACAUGGCUCAGUGUGAUGACUGAGCUAGCGAACUUCAAGCGUUUUAAGUCCUGUGACCGCCAACCAACGGCAGAGAUUUUGUCGUGACUGUUGUGUACUGUUAAAAUGUCUUGUUUUGUAUGUUGCCAUGUCGGUAAUAAAGAAAAAAAAAAAGUCCUCGUUAGUAUAGUGGCCAGCAU